UCCACUCACUCUCUUGUUGUCUUUGGUGGAAGAGAAUUGAGCGACCGACCACAGUGCAACAUAAAUGGCCAGUCUCUCUAGCCGUCAAUGAGAGAGCCCUCAGCGGGUAGCUUGAUUGGAUACACCAGCUGUCAAACAAGUGGACGUUUACAUACAGCGGGGUUUAGGCUUAUUGAGUCUGCGCUAACAGAAAGGAGGAGGUUCCCGAACAGACUCCUUUAUUUAUUUCUUUGUUUCCAGUAGGGAAAAUAAUAACAGCAAGCACAUACCACUGCCACUUCAUUCAUUAUCUUUGUCCGUUUACACAAGAAAACUGGAUAAGAUUACAGUCGUUACUCGAAGGCCAAAGCCAAGAGGAGGAGGAUGAAGCGGCGCAAUGCGGACUGCAGCAAACUCCGACGGCCGUUAAAACGGAACCGAAUCACUGAGGGUAUAUACGGCAGUACCUUCCUGUACCUGAAGUUCUUGGUGGUGUGGGCACUGGUACUAUUAGCAGACUUUGUACUAGAGUUCAGGUUUGAGUACCUCUGGCCAUUCUGGCUUUUCAUCCGGAGUGUGUACGACUCCUUUAGAUACCAGGGGCUGGCCUUCUCAGUAUUCUUCGUGUGUGUUGCGUUUACUUCGGACAUCAUUUGCCUCCUCUUCAUCCCAGUGCAAUGGCUGUUCUUCGCUGCAAGUACCUAUGUGUGGGUGCAGUAUGUUUGGCACACAGAAAGAGGAGUCUGUCUGCCCACCGUGUCUCUAUGGAUACUUUUUGUGUACAUAGAGGCAGCAAUCAGAUUCAAAGACCUGAAGAACUUCCAUGUGGAUCUGUGCCGUCCAUUUGCAGCACACUGCAUUGGCUAUCCUGUGGUCACCCUCGGCUUUGGCUUCAAGAGCUACGUAAGCUAUAAGAUGCGCCUUCGGAAGCAGAAGGAGGUGCAAAAGGAGAAUGAGUUUUACAUGCAGCUCUUGCAACAAGCUCUGCCUCCAGAGCAACAAAUGCUUCAGAGGCAAGAACGAGAAGCAGAAGAAGCAGCAGCAGCAGCAGCUAAAGGAAUAUCUGAAGUGGACACACCUCCAGUAUCACAGAAUGGUGCUCCAGCCAAUAAAAAGACAUCGGCACCAAUGCCGGAGCUAGAGUAUAGAGAAAAAGGGAAAGAAGGAAGGGGUGGUGGGGAUGCUAAAAAGCAGCACAACAGCAUCCUUCCAUCAUCAGUGGACUCUAAACUCCAAGAGAUGGAGUAUAUGGAGAACCAUAUGAACAACAAGAGACUGACCACAGAGCUGGGCAGCACAGAGAACCUGUUGCUAAAAGAGGACAACAAUUCCUCCUGCUCAUCCUCGUCAUCCUCCUCCUCCAAAAACUACAAAAAUGCUAGCAGCAAUGCAGCAACACUCAACUCCUCCCCCCGCGGGCAUAGUGCCACCAACGGCAGCGUACCCUCUUCUGCAUCAUCAGCUUCUUCUUCCACGGGGAAGAAUGAGAAGAAACACAAGUUAGCAGUGGGAAAGGGGAAUUCAGGUGGCUCCCACAGGGAUCCCACGGACAACUGUAUCCCCAAUAAUCAGCUGAGCAAGCCAGAAGCACUUGUUAGAUUGGAGCAGGAUGUUAAGAAGUUAAAGGCAGACCUUCAGGCCAGCCGGCAGGUUGAGCAGGACCUGCGCAGUCAGAUCGGUUCUCUGGGCAGUGCAGAGCGCUCCAUACGCACUGAGCUGGGCCAACUGCGCCAAGAGAAUGAGCUGCUGCAGAAUAAGCUUCAUAAUGCUGUACAGGCAAAGCAAAAGGACAAACAGGCAGUGGGCCAACUGGAGAAGAAGCUCAAAGCAGAACAGGAGGCUCGAGCCACGGCCGAGAAACAGCUUGCAGAGGAAAAGAAGAGAAAGAAGUUAGAAGAGGCCACAGCAGCGAGAGCGGUUGCACUGGCAGCAGCAUCCAGAGGGGAAUGCACAGACACGCUGCGACGGCGGAUCACUGAAUUAGAAACAGAGUGUAAAAAACUAACAAUGGACAUCAAGCUAAAGGAGGACCAGAUAAGAGAGCUUGAAUUGAAAGUUCAGGAACUUCAUAAAUAUAAGGAGAACGAAAAAGACACAGAGGUGCUGAUGUCAGCACUGUCAGCCAUGCAGGAUAAGACACAGCAUCUGGAAAACAGUCUGAGUGCAGAGACCAGGAUCAAACUGGACCUCUUCUCUGCGCUUGGAGAUGCCAAGAGACAGCUUGAGAUUGCACAAGGUCAGAUCCUACAAAAGGACCAGGAGAUAAAAGAUCUGAAGCAGAAGAUAGCAGAAGUGAUGGCAGUUAUGCCCAGCAUCUCCUAUACAGCUGACACCAGCAGCAUGACCCCUGUUGCCCCCCACUACUCCUCCAAAUUCAUGGACACCAAUCCCUCUGGCCUAGACCCCAACGCCUCUGUUUAUCAGCCACUCAAAAAGUGAACGCUUCGUCAUGCCCCAACCCUCCCUCCAUCUUCCUGUCAUUUUAUUUCCCCCUGCAGGCCCAUCGCCUUCCAAUCUGCUCGGCAUAUCUGCAGCUGAGAACGUUGUUUUUCUUGGGUUUUUAUUUUUCUCCACGCCAGGUCAGAAGGAUGUUGUAUUGUGUGACUGUACUUGUUGUAGUUAAAACAAAAGACAAAAAAAAGAAGAAAAAAAACUUAAAUCAGACAUCACAUGUCAACUAGGGAGUCCCAUUUUUUUCUCUCAAGUGUUAAGUGAAACCUCACAGAAUCGGGUAUGUAUUAUCAUCUCAAGGGUGUUGCAAUAUCUUUCAACUAGUGCCCGAAUGCAACAACCUGAAAUCAGUUCCCUGAUCAUUUGCCCCUUGGAAACUUUGAAUACUUUUCUGUUAAAUUUUUCCGAACUAAAAUUUACAAAACAGAAUUCUCUUCUAUCAUCCAGCCUCACUUGUAUCCUACUUUUUUUGACGAUUGUUUCUCCCAAGGUAAUAAUGGCAGCAUUAGAGCAACCAGUGGAAUUUAGUGCAAAGUUGGCACAGAAUUUGACUCCUUAUAUAUAAUAUUUUUAGAGAAGAUCACCCUCCUUCAGCUGUUUUGGAUGGGGGUAAUAAGUUCUGACGGUUGUGAGGUUCAAUUUGUUCACUCUUCAAGAUUCAAGAGUUUUUUUUUAACAAGUUUGAGAAGGAUCUUUUGUUGGAAGCAGAAACAUAUUCCCCAGACUAAAAUGAACCCAAACCGCUCCUAUUGUUCACCAUGAUCGAAAAUACAAGUUUAGUUUCCCCACCUGUAACUUAUAUUUUAAAUUGUAAGAGUGCAGUAAAAGAAGUCCAUAUUGGGUACCAGCUUCUGUGAAAUGAUCUGCAUAGUCUUUCAUUAGUUGUCAUAAUCACAGUGCCUUGAGUUGAAGACAUGAAGUAAGUUAAGAAAUCAGAUCCAGCUGGCUCAACCCUUCUGAAUGAGUGUCUGGCUGAGCUGAAAGGGAUGAGAAUUUGACCUCGUACAGUAAGGGACAAAGUUGCCUUUGGGUGCUGGUGUGAUUUUUGGAAUCCCUGCUGCCAGGGAAGCUGAUUCAUAGUGUCCACAUAGUGGCAGCCUUGUUCCUUAUGUAAAACAAAUAGGUAAAUGAAAAAUACAUUGGACAGCACCAGGUCAAAGACUUUUCACCAUAGUCCUAUUUACCUAUUGUAAGUUUGUUGGCAUUAGCCACCACAGAGUCUACUACAUACAGGUCUCCGGCUCAUCACGUGCACUCACAGCAAAUCUCUUCUGUUGUAAGACCCCAAAUCUGUAGGUGCAGCUGCUGCCCUAUCUACCCCCCUCCCCUAUUUUAAGUUGCACUAUAGAAAAAAAACACAAGCUGUUUGAAAGGGAAAACUGUAUAGGGUGGACUGUGCAAUGUAAACAAUACAGAAAUGCCAAUUUUGUUUUAGCAAUUUAUACAUUUUAUUUAAUUAAUCAUCAACUUCAGUUUAUGUGCCAAGACUUAAAUGCUUGUUUAUCUUGUAAUUUUCUCAUGAAUGUACUGCAAAUACAUUGGCCAACAUGUUUGUCAAAUUUCCAGCUGAAUAUAACUUAGUGGAAGUUUCUUUUAAGCAGGUCGAGGAAGUGGUCACCUGUUUGUAGUAGACUGUGUAGUUUAAAAUAAAGGAUUAGAAAUUCAACUUAUUUUGUGAAUGUUACAGUAUUUACAACUGUUGGGCAUGUGGCUGUUUAAAAUCAGUUUUCUUAACUUCCUGUUUCUGGUAUUAUUGUUAUUUUUCUGCAGGGAGAAAUAUUGCUUGAGUCUGAUGUGGUUUCACCAUUAUCUGAGAUGGUCAUUGUUAUGCGUGUGAUUUUCACCUAUUGUAAAUGGAGAAGCUUGUUUGGGCUCAGAUUGCUGUCAUUGGCUCCUGGAAAAAAAUGUGAAAUUACAAAUUAGUCAGUUGUUUGGUCAACUGAUUGUUGAAAGUAUAGAAAAGUGUUUUGUUUGUUUUUUGUUUCUAUGCCCACAGUCACUGCUCUGUCUCUCCCCAGGUCUGACCUUGGCUGUGGUCUCGCUCUGUGAGGUUUACAAGGAAUAAACAUUUUUUCUCGCAAAUUGAA